CAACAUUCAACACGAACAAACAAACAAUACACAUAAACAAAGUCUCAACCAAAAGCUCUAUGGCAACUAUAACUUCCACACAAUUCAUUCAAGAAUUCAUGGAAAACUUCCACUACUCAAGAAGAUUACUCCCGGAGGCUACCAUGGCGUCGCCUACGACAACAGUCGGAAUUAGCCUCGAUCCAAUUGACGAUCUACCAUUAGGAAAUAACGCCAAUAGAUUUGAUGCAAAUGUUAUUAUGGUGUUGGCAGUACUUGUAAGUGCCAUAAUUUGUUCACUUGUGCUGAACUCCAUCAUAAAAUGUGUCUUUAGGUGCUCUACCCUAAAUUUGGCAGACUCAUCCUCAAACCAAACAAAUAAUAGAGGGAUCAAGAAAAAAGCCCUCAAGACAUUUCCAGUUAUAACAUAUUCUACUGAAUUGAAGCAUCCAGGACUCGACUCUGGCUGUGUCAUUUGCUUAUCCGAAUUUGGAAUUGGAGAGGAAGUUAAGGUUCUACCUAAGUGUAACCAUGGAUUCCACGUCGAAUGUAUCGAUAGAUGGCUUAAUUCACAGUCUUCUUGCCCAACUUGCAGGCACUGCCUCAUCGAUACUUGUAAAAAAAUUGCCAACGGCGAUAAUUCUGUUACUACAAAUUCAAUUUCAUCAGCAGCAGUUCAAGAAAUUGUAGUAAGGAUUGAACCUCUCAAACGAGAUGGUGUUAUAUCUACUUAGCAUUCAAGUAGAAAGGAAAAUAGGAUUCGUUGUUAAUUGUAUGUAUAUUGCAGAAAAAAUAGUUAGCUAGCAUGAGGCCAACGCCAAUGUAGCUUUCCAGUGACUCAUUAGUCUUGCAAGUGUUUAUAAAAAAUUAAAAUAUAGUAUUUCAAUUUGUUAUGAAGUACCUAUGUUUCUACCGUUAGAGAGAUUAAUUAAGAUCAACUUUUGAAAAUCAAUGCUUAACCGAGACACAGAUUAGAUGUCCAACAACAUUAUCUCCCUGGCUAUUGAAAUUUGUAUGGGGAUUGAUGGGCAACUCAUAUUUUGAGCUGCCUUUCUUUCCCAAUUGAGGUGGAUGGUCCAAACCUUGUCAGUGGCAUAUAUAACA